AUGGCCGGCGUGAUGAAAGCAAAGGAUGUUGCACCAAAUUAUUUCAAAGAUAUAAUCACACUGUUCUUUGGUACUAUGACAUUAGCCUAUGCCGUUGAAAAAGUUAACCUUCAUAGACGAAUUGCUCUAUUUGUUCUACAAUUAGUUGGUAGUUCGGCAAAAUGGACAAUGGCUGGUAUAAUGGGUGUAACAGCCUUUUUAUCAAUGUGGAUAAACAAUUCAGCAGCAACAUCCAUCAUGUUACCAGUCGCCAUUGCCAUAACGGAUGAAUUCGAAAAACAUCAUAAAGAGUAUAAGGAGAGAAAACAUUCAAUAAACCAAUCUACAACUGCUGUUAAUAAUGUAUCGAAUUUAACAACAGCAGAUGUUCCAGAAGAACAUUCAAUGAAAGAAGUUGUACUUGAUGCAGCAAAACUAACCACUAAACUCCAUACCGGAAAAUAUGAAAAAUUAAAAAAAGGAUUUUUACUGUCUAUUGCUUAUUCAUCUUCAAUUGGUGGUUUAUCAACUUUGGUAGGAACAACUCCAAAUAUAUUUAUGAAAGGAUUUGUGGAUGAACGUUAUAGUGGAACAAAAUUUAAAGUCACAUUUCAGAAUUUUCUCUUCUUUGCCUUACCAACUGGUAUCUUAAUUUUUUUCCAGUGUCGCUCAGAUGAAGAAACACUUGAUGGUGAAAAUAAUCUUCGAAAUAUGCUACGAAAACAAUAUAGUGAAUUGAAAACACCGAAUUGGAGUGAAUAUACAAUGGGAAUUGUUUUUAUUCUUUUAAUUUUAUUAUGGAUCACAAGAGAUUUUAGUUCAACGCCAGGAUGGGAUGUUAUAUUUCGUCCAAAAUACAUAUCAGAUGGCACGGUGGCGUUGUUUGUGGGUAUACUGCCUCUGAUUUUACCAAAUCAAAAUCCAUUCAAAAGUUUGGCUGUUGCAGAAGCAUUUCAAGCUUCAAAACUGUCAGAAUCGGUAGCCGAAGCUCUGAGUUUUAUCAGCGGGGCUCCCAGAAAUGUUAUUAUUCUAACCAUUAUUAUCAUCAGUGGCUUAUUUACCGAAGUAACAUCAAAUUUAAGCACAGCAUAUUUUUCCCAGUGUUGGAUACGGUGGUAUGCCCGUACAUCAAAUAUUCAUGUGGCUUAUUUAAUUUUACCGUGUACAUUGGCUGUAUCGCUAGCGUUUAUGUUACCGAUUGCUACACCACCGAAUGCGAUUGUUUUCGCUAGUGGAAAGAUUCGUGUUUGGGACAUGAUAAAGACGGGUAUAGUGAUGAAUAUAAUUGGAUUUCUUGUCAUCUUCUUGGCUGCCAUAACCUGGAUGCCAAAAAUUUAUAAUCUAAAUGAUGAAUUGUUAGCAACUUUCCACAAUAUGAGUGAUACAACUCCUGCCACUUAA